GCAGUGAUCACAGCUGCACACAAUCCCAUUGCUCUAUCCCCGAUUUUAAACAGUUACAAAGGAGGUCCUACAAAAAACUCACAGGAGGAGAGAUGAAGCUUCUGACAGCCGCCCUCACCAUCAUUUAUCUUACAACAGCGUCAGCUAGGCCGAACCGUUGGGGCAUGCAUCAUCGUGAUGCCAACAUCGCUCUCAGUGGCUUCAAACAGGAAUGGCAGGAUUUGAACAGGUUUCGGCAGUCCAGUGAAUCCAGCUACUCUUCCUCUGACUCCUCUGACUCCUCUGACUCCUCUGAGUCAUCUGAAUCUAGUGAUUCUUCAGAGGGUCGAUCUUCUGAGGAAUCAUCAGAGGAAGUCACCGUUCAGACCACCCCACCUGCGACAACUGUUGCCAUGACAACUGCUGCCGUGACCACCCCUGCCAUUACAAAUGUCACUGUGGAAGAGAGGAAUACGCUCACCCCUGAACCAGACCUGGUGGUCACAGACAAGCCGAUUGUGACAGAGACCACGCCUAUUGUCGCAUCAACCAGCGAUGUGCCUCACUGUUUUACCGAGGAGAUUCUAACACCACCUCCCGUCACAGACAACCGAGGAGACAACUAACAAACUGUCAUUCCUGGUAACCAACUGCAAUUUUACAUCUUACUGUAAUUGUUAAACAUCAGUGGGCUGAAUGGGGCUUUAUCAGCUUGGGAAGCAAAGGUUAACAUCUGCGUAGAGAUACUCAGUAAGACUGGUUUGAAUCCAGGAUAUAGGGUGGUAAACUCUUGUAAAAGAUAAUCUCAUAGCUAAAUCACGAGUUUUAACAUCUGAUUAUUUUGGAAGUUUAAAUUUCUUGAAAUCUAUGUUUGC